AUGAAAUUUGCAUUAGCUUUUACUAUACUGUCUAUCGUCGCCAGCACCAUUGCUAGUCACCUUCCAACGAAAUGUGAUCCAAUCAGUUUUGCAGUAAAGGCAGUUUGCUCCGGUAGUGACCUUGACAAUGACUCGAUCAAGAAAGUAGAUGCUCAUCCCCAUGUAUUCACCGUUGGUGGUGAUGAUGGUAAAAAUAUCAUCUUGACAUUAAACAAAGAUUGCACUUUAAAGGACCAGGAUGGCAGGGGAAUUUACCUCAAUCCAGACACUGGAGACUUUGGUAAUGUUGACCCAUGGGGCGAACAGGACCCAACAAAAGGUUUCACGAUUAAAAAUGACUACCUUUACUACAAUUAUAAAGAAGGGUGGAGAGCUUGUCCUUCUGCACCUAAUGUUUACUCAUUGGCUAAGAAUGACUGUAUCGGCGGAACAGACAUUAGGUUACAAACUUUUGAAGUGAAACCUCUUUAA